UCCUCCUCAGAUCCACAUGACGCCAUUUACUGCUGCUUUUGCAGAGAGAUCACCCUGCCUCCUCCGGAAAGAAGAAAAAGAGAGGGGGGAGAGAGGGAGGGAGGGAAGGAGGGAGGAGGAGGUGGAGGAGAGAGGGCGGAAAAACGCUGGAGCGCUGCAAGGACGGAUCUCCAACCUGCCUUCCUGCAAACGCGCCACAGGCAGCAGCAACUGCGGCUCUCGAGCCCCGCUGACUUUUCCCUCCCUCCCUCCCCCCAAAAAGAAAAAAAAGGGGGGAAAGAAGGGGGGAAGACCUUGCUCUCCUCCUCCUCCUGCCCCUCCUCCUCCCAGUUUGCAACCAGCAAAAGCUGCCUUGGGAAGAAAACGCACGCGCUCACGUACAACACACAUUUGCCCAGAAGAAGACGGGAAGAGAACUCGCCAACCACUUAAAAGAAGCAACAAGCCCUUAGCGCGCACCCCCCCCCCCCACAAAUUUACAAAGCGAAAUCAAUCCAGAUUGCAACCGAUCGGGACGCCCAAGCUGGAAGAACAGAGCGAAAACAACAACUCCUGGUCCGCGGCAACCUUGGGAUUUUAUUCUGUUUUCUCCUCGUUCUCGCCAGGAGCCACUCACUUUAUGUCGCUCGCCUGGGCUCGCCCUCCCCCUGUGUAUGAUGUAUUAAGCGAAAGUGACUUGGGAUUGACGAAUCGGCCUCUUGUUCAUUGAGAAAAAAAAAGAGAGAGAAGCAACAGCGACAAGGAAAUCAACGUGUGUGAUUGCGAAGGAAAAGGGGGAAGAGAGGAAGAGAGAAACCCUCGCCCCGUCUGGAAAAGGGGACUUUUUAGACACACACACACGCACACAUUUGUGGUUUGUUUUCUUUGCUAUUUAUUAUCAGCCGUCCCUGCGGAGAAGACAGAAGGAGGCAGGGGGAGAAAGCAACUUUGCCGUGGAUUGUCUGCUUUUUCCUUUCUUUUUUGCUCGUUUCAAUGAUUCUCGCUCGCAACCUGGACUCGAAGUGAGUUUCUGGAACAGAAGAGCCGCUUCUGUUCUCCCCCUCCUUUUAUUUUCGUUUGGCUUCGGGGUUGCGUUUUACUCGUCAACCUCAGGAAGAAGAAAAUCUAGGGAGCGGGGUGGAGAGGAGAAGGGGUUGUGAGGAGGGGAGAGAGGAGGAGGAGGAAGAGGAGGGUUCAUUGCAAAGCAAGCUUCUGCUUCUAUAUAUAUGUGUGCGUGUGCGUUUUAAAGUGACUUGUUUGCAAGGAGACAAAUGCAAAUUUCAGGCCGAUUCCCUUGGUAGAAGUCCUGCGAGGGGUGUUUCUUUUCUCUUGUGCACAGCAAAGAGACUGCAAAAUGGUGUGUGUGUUCGGGGAGAUUGCCUUGGAAAAGUGUGUCUGCGGGUGUUGUUUGGGGGUUGAGUUUUCUCGGGUGGGAACAGAUCGCGGAGUUCCUUCGCGCUUUGAAGCAUUCCUGGCGCGUCCUUGCGCCUCGCGGAUGACUCUGCAAGAGAGGAAACCCCUCGCCUCGCGCCAUUGGGGGCGAGCGUUGUUUUGAAAGGGCGGAAAUCUCCCCUCAGGUUGUUGAAGUGAAGCUAUUUCUGCAGAGAAGCUCUGGCGGCAGCGCCUUCCCCUGGGUUUGUGCACGGCACGCCGCGGUGCCCAGCUUCGGAAACGUGCGUCCGAGUUCGGAACAGUUAAGCAGCUCCGUUGCUUGCAAAGAGAGCCUGUCAAAAAGGCUGGGUUGCAGGACAGGGAAAAAACGAAACAAACAAACAAAAACUUGGUAUUUUUUUCUUUUUCGCAACUCCUCCCCCCCCCACCUCCAGUUGCUCUGCAGCUUCUUAGUUGCAAGCUCACUUCGUACUUAGCCGCCCUCUUUUCAAACUUGUGCACUUGGAAUGUGCAAUUCGGAAGUGAGCGAACGUCUUUAAGUGUAAAUUUGUGGGGGGGUUUGCCAGUGGGAGGGAUGGGUAGAAUCUCCCACUUAACCGGAUUGUCUUCUGAAGUGCAUUUUUUUCUUUUUUGACAUCUGCUCUACCUUCUUUCUCUUCCCCCUCCCUACCGCCCCGGGCCUUUUUUUGGAGGGGGGGGUGGAAUAUGCAGAAGAUUGCUACUUUUGGAAAUGGCUGGUCAUGUUUCUUUUUUCUUUCUUAAGGCUUAAUUUGCCCCACCCCAAUGCCUGCUACAUAGACUCAGCCCUAAAUAGGGGAGGGGAGGCAUUCAUAUGGGGGGUGCGAAGACGAAGGGGGGUGUUCUAAACACCCCUAAGAUAAAGCACCCUAAAUAUUAUUUUUUAAAAAUAAAAUGGAAAGCUAAACUAUGAGAGACAGCAGCUUUUGCAUGGAAGAAAAGGGUGGCUGUGCACUAUAUAAAUUCUUCGUCGUUUAUUCAAAAGCCACCCCCACCCGCACCCCUGAUUUACUUCGCAUUUCUCCCUUUGCUAGUGAAUGGACUUUGGCUUUUUAAAAUCCGUGGGACAGUUGGGACAUACGUACAACACCACAAAUCCUGGCACAGAGGAUUUUAAAAUAAGGCUUCAGCAAUUGUUGCAUUAGUUAGAAAGUAGGGUGUUUCGUGGCUGGGGGUGAGGAGACUUUGUUUGUUGAUAGUGUAGCUGGAUCUGUCGACCGGGGAAUGCGUUUCCCUCCGGGCAAUAAAAUUCCAGAGGCUGUUUGUGAUGGGGGGGAGGAAGAGUUGAGAGUCCUGCUUUGUCAUUCAUGAGAUGGGGAUUUGCUUGAAAUUUACGCAAAUCGGACAAAUGCCCAGCAGGCGCUCCCUUGGGGGCAGACUUCCUGCCAGACCUGACUUCUUGGAAGCUGGAGCUGGUGGGAUUUGAUGGCAUUUGGGUGGGGGGAGAGGGAGGGGAGGGGAUUGUGUGAGCAGGUGCCUCGAAGGUGCUGAGGACGGAGCAGAUAUGUAAGUCACUUUACAUAACUGAAGCAGGAAAGAGCCCUUCCCCAUCUCCUGCUGGGAGGAGGAAGGAAAGAUCCUGCCAGGCUCUCCUGAUAAGGCAAUCUUAUUACAGUACAAGUCUCCGUCUCUCUUCACCCUCCUCUCCACCCCCCGCCCUGCUUGUCUCCUGUUGAUCUCCAGGUUGUCUGCCUUUCAGGGAGGUUCCUUUGAACACAGUAUCAGGGCAGCCUAGAGGAAAAUGAGCAGGUUCCUGGGAUCCCACCUGCUAGGCGGAUUGUUUUAUGUAUGAAAGGAAGAAGCCUGUAAUAAGGAAGGAAGGAGGUGAUGCUCCCUGGCUGGCGGGCGGGCGGGCGGGCAGGGAGGCAGUGCGGGAGGGAAACGUGAGACAGAUCUUUCCCGACCUGUGGAUUGUGGACAGAUUUUCAGCCGGCACUGUUUACUUGGAAUUCAGUGGGAAUUCCUUCCAGAGAGAUAAGACUGCACGGGGUUGGAGUCUUCACCUAAAGUUUGUAGUAUCUUGCACAGCCACCUAAAUUUAGUAGUACUUUUUUUUUAAGGAAAAAAAAAAUCAGUUGCUAUGAGGUCAUUGCAAUAGAGAGGACUGUACCUUGAUUUUCACCCUGUAAUUACUGCAGAUUAUUGGGUGGUUUUUAUGUGCCGGCAAAUCCAAGCCAGAAUUUUAAGUACUCCUUAGAAGUAAGUCCCACGGAGUUUAAUAGUGCUUACUUGCAAGUAUAUGCAUAGGCUUUCACUGAUCUGAUGCAUGUUUAGUCAGAAACCAGCCCUGCGGAUUCCAGUUGUGUAAGCAGCUGGUUCCUAUCCUUCUCUUUAACUUAAAAGUAAGUUUCACACUGAAUUCAGUGGAAUGUAUUUCCAUGUAUUCACCGGGUUGUAGUGAGACUGUAAUGUGACCAAGAGAAUUCUCCUUUUGUUGAACAACUGCUCCUCAGACUUUUUUUUUGCAAACUGGAUCCUGCCCAUUUGUGAGAGAGAGGUAUUUAGCCAGCUGUUUUCUAGUUGGCAGUCCUGUCACUCUCUGUCUAUACUUUAUCAAGAUUCCAUUUUUCAGGUAGUGCUGUUCAAGUUGAAGCAAUAUUGUCAUAGGCUGUUCCUGGAACCAUGUGGCUUGCAGAUUGCAUGCAGGAUAUUUGUGUAUUGUAAGCCAAACCACUUUUUUUUUCUUUCUGGCAGUGCCCAGGAAGUGGAUGGAUUAUCUCUGGGUGUUAUGAAUGCACAAUGAAAACCCUUACAGUGCUCAGCAUUGUAAGCUUCAGGUGCUGGGGCUUAGGAAUGCAAAGUUGUAGACAAAUAUUAAAAGUUCUGCAGAGAGGUACUUUGUAUAUGCUUUUUGGCAUUUGGGCCUGCACUUAAGACCAGCCUCGGACACGUUGUUGCUACUUUAUGCUUUUCGCAGUGUCGUUGCAGAAAAACACAUUUUUCCUUCUUCUUUUUUUUGCAACAUGUUUAAGCUCAAUGUGGAAAGAGGACGUAUUUGCUAGGCUUGCACAGGAUAGAAAAAUUACCACUCUGUCAUUGGAAAGUUCUGUUUUGCUUGUUUAAAGUCUGCUACAUAUAGUGCAGAGGAAGUCCCACCUCUUCCUAUGGCUUAAGCCUGCAGGCCUGUAUGUAUUUAUUGCGGAGUGGACCACAGUGAACUUGCGUGCACUGACUUCUGACACACUGGUUUUUGACUGCAAAAGUGUGUUACAAUCUGUGAUCUGAGAGGAUUUGUCAAGAGUUUCAGACACCUAAGGUGUCUAGAUCCACAGAGAGAGAUUCAGGCAGGGACAUGUAAGGACUCAUCGCAGGCUUCUCUUUUUUUUAGGUAUACACCUAAAUAUGAAAACUGCAACGUGGUUGCAAACAUAUGCAAAGAACGGUUACAUUUGUCAGAGUUGCCAGGAUUGACUCUUUGGCUCUUUUGUCAAGUGUACAAGCUUGUACUAUGUAAUGUGUGAACUUGUCCUGUAAUGAACGUCAAGAAGUGACUAAGAUGCAGGUUUCCUCGGGUUUCCAGAAGAAGAGGUCUUUGCCGAUCCUUAAUUAAAAAGCAGAACCCUGUAAAAUGUAGAAAACAACUACCUUCCUCUUUUUAAAAAAUAAAUAAGAUCCAAUUUUAACACUGGACUUAAAAAUGCUCUCUAGAUGUAGGUUGGUAGCAUCUCUUCUGCAAAGAAGGUCCAUUCUCUUCAAGGGAGGACCAUGCUGAGAAACAAAGCCACUGAUCACUUAAAACAGGGGUGAAGAUACCUGUGGACUUCCAGGCAUUGCUGAACUACAACUCUCAUUAUCCCUAACCAUAGUUGCUGGGGCUGACAAGAGUUGGAAACCCAACAGUAUCUGUAGGGCCACAGGUUCCUUGCCUUUGCCUUGAAAUCAUAAAAGAGAUUGCUUAUUUCCACUGAAUUGGUUGUCCCCAAGUCUUCUUCCACCAUGAAGACUUGGUGCCUUUGCUUUCAGGGACUAGCUGCUGUGAAGUGUGUCAUAUUGAGGGAUUUUGCAGAUACACUAGGCAACGUAGCAACAAAACCCUAAUCCUCUCUUCCUUUUCCUGCAGGAUUUCAGAUGUGUUCUAAGCUUCCUGGAGUGAUCACUCUUCAGGGUACUGAUGGAGACGAGAGCUCAGAAUGGCAGUGGGUCACAGCCUUUGCUACAGAGUCAGCAUGACAAUGGGAGGCAGUAUGGAGAACCUGACCUAAGAGAUGUCCUGGCACAACAAGUUCACGUCUUGUCUUUGGACCAGAUCAAGGCCAUCCGAAAUACAAACGAAUACACUGAACCACCUACGGUGGCUCCGCGGCCUGGGGUGAAGCCAGCGCCGCGUCUGCCUCUCCAGCACAAGAGCGAAAGGGCCAAUGGAUUGACUGAUCACCUUAGCAGGGUCCAACAUCCCCAGAUCCAUGUAUCUUCCCGGUUACCACUGUCCCGUUCCAUUAGCAUGGCCAGCACCGGCUCGCGGGCCAGUACCCGGACCAGUACGAGUAGUAACUCAUCGGAACAGAGACUUCUGGGGUCGUCUUUGGGGACAGUUGUGGACGGGAUAGUCCGAGUGCAGCCCAAGUCCGAGCUGAAGUCCUGUGAACUCAAGCCCCCUAGCAAGGAAGAUCUGCACCUCCAUGCCUACAGGUGUGAGGACUGUGGGAAAUGCAAGUGCAAGGAGUGUACUUACCCGCGAACUCUUCCCUCCUGUUGGAUCUGUGACAAGCAGUGUCUUUGCUCGGCCCAGAACGUGGUCGAUUAUGGGACUUGCGUCUGCUGCGUCAAGGGCCUUUUCUACCACUGCUCCAACGACGACGAAGACAACUGUGCCGAUAACCCUUGUUCUUGUAGCCAGUCCCAUUGCUGCACUCGGUGGUCCACCAUGGGCGUCGUGUCCCUCGUUCUGCCUUGCCUGUGGUGUUACCUGCCGGCCAAGGGUUGCCUUAAGUUGUGCCAGGGCUGUUACGACCAGGUGAACAGGCCCGGCUGCCGCUGUAAGCACUCCAACACUGUUUGCUGCAAAGUGCCCAAUGUUCCCCCCAGGAACUUCGAGAAGCUGACAUAGCAUCGCUCCUCGGGAGUAUGGUGAAAUAAUACGGAUUAUUCCUUUUUAACAUCAUAUGCAGCCAACUAAACGAGCUAUAAUUGUGGCACUGUGUCUUAGGAGGAUGGGGGGUGCGCCCUGAGGUUUGCAGUGACCUACUCUUCCUCUUGUGUGUUUGCAUGGGCCAACUUAAUGGAUACCUGCUUGUUCUAGUCCACCUAAUGGAGAGAUGAAGGGAGAGAUGCUCCGCGGGACCCGACUAUUGCAUAAGCUAACGCAACUUGAGACACUCCUAGGCAAUCUGUCGUGUUGUACAUGUGUGGGUUCCCCCCCACCCAAAAAAAUGAAUAGUACAUUUGUAAAUUAGGAAACUACUUCAACCCGCUCCCGAUUAUUUUCUGCCAGAGAUGUGCUAUAUUUUUGUAUAUAGGAUAUUUUCAACUGUGAAAACACGAGUGUCAUAGAAGACAUGGCACAGGUCACAAAAUAUUAUACUAAUAUGUUGUACAUUCAAAAGAAUGUGAAUCAAUCAGUAUGUUUUAGAUUGUAUUUUGCCUUAAGGAAGCCCUUCAUUUGCAAGACUCUGAUUCCCCCCACCCACUUUUUUUGGAUUUCAUGUAUAUUGUACAGUUACAGUAAAAUUCAGUCUUUAUUUUCUAAUUUUUUUUCAACAUAUUGUUUAGUGUAAAGAAUAUUUAUUUGAAGUUUUAUUAUUUUAUAAAAAAAGAAAUAUUUAUUUUAAGAGGCAUCUUACAAAUUUCACCCCUUUUUAUGAGGAUGCCACAGUUGCUGCAAAUAAGGGGUGAAAGAUACAUAUGUUCCCUAUAAAAUAGAAAAUAUAUUAACGUUUGAAAUU